AUGCUCGGCGUUGAAGGCUAUGGCAGCGACAACGAGACCGACCAGGAGCUUGACGGGCCUUUUUCUGCCUCAGUUGCUUCAAGCAUUGCUAAAGCACAUUUGCAGCAGCCCCAGAAGACCUCUGGCUUGAACCUUCCUCCUCCCGCUAACGCGAAGGCUUCUGGUUCCAAGGGUACAGGCAGCGGACUCUCACUGCCUCUUCCCAAGGCCAAAUCGACGCAAAAGAAGAAGAAGAUUACCAUCGACCUUCCGACCUUGGACGAUGAUGACGAGGAUAACGAGGAUAAACCCCUGGCCAAGAAGCCUCGCCUGGAGAGCGGUGCGGGCUCGUCAAAGCUCUUGUCAAUGUUACCAGCUCCAAAGCAGAAGGUGCCGCUACCACCACCUAAAGAACGGGUCUUAGGAGGUGGACACGGCCCCGGGCUCGUGUUCAAUACGUCUAGUCAUUCAGCUACCGACUCUACCGACCAGACCGCUGAUGAUAAUGACGAGGACGCUGGGACGGAAUCGUCCGCUGCAGCUCCUAGUGCACCUUCUAUAUCGUUUCUGCCUGUAUCUCUGCAGAAGGGGAAGCCAAACAUCUCAACCGAAGGGCCGCCACGAACCGCACCGAAGGUGUUGUCUACACCCAGAGUGUCCGCCGCCCCUGCAGUGGAUUUCUUCUCCCUAGGUUCAUCAAGCAGUUCACGACGUGACACAGUCUCCCCGGUUCCAGCUGGACCCUUAGGAUCAUCCCAACCUUCUCCUCUCCCCAAGAUUCCUACCGGCAUCUCAUCCGCUCCCAAGGUGGACGACUUCGUCCCCCCGGAGCCAACGCCAACAGAUCCCUACCCUGGCUACUACCUGACGCCUACUGGGCAGUGGGCAGCCUACGACCCGGACUAUUACAAGAAAUUCUACGACAAGUGGAAGCGCGAGUACGACGCUCACGUACGGGCAUUGGAGAAGGGUCAAGUAAAGGGAUUCGAAGGUCUGAACGAGGAGGAAGCGCAGGAAGUCAACGCUAUAGCGGAGAUGGAGAGAGCAAAGAAGGAAAUCCAGGAAAGAGAGGAGAAGAAGAGGUUGACGCAGGGUGGGGACGAGGCUCCCGCUGCUCCGAAGAUGAAUAUCAAGGGUGCUGCUCUAGGUGGUCGUGCUCGCUCGAGACAUCAGCUGUCGACCUUGCUUACGGAGGCUUAUUCAAAUCGCAAGGCAUUGGAGGAGAAAAUUGCUCAGGGUAGGCGGAAUAGGAAGGAGGCAGGAAUGAAAUAUGGUGGCUAUCUUCGUGUCCCUCUUUCAUUCAUUCAAAUAUUCCUCAUGGUGUUUUCGUCUCGACCUAUAUAUUGCAAUCCCGACUAA